UGAUGUGUUUUUUUUCUUUGUACAUAAUCAAAACUUGGCAUAUCUUCCCUCAAAAAAAAAAAAAAGAAAAAAACAAAACACGAUUAGGCGAUUAGCCCCCAAAUCAUACAUUUCCAAUUUCAGUGUUCCAUCUCUAGCAUAAUCAAAUCCAAAAUUCCCGUAAAAGUAAAGGCAAGAGAGGAAAGAAGACGCAGAGAAUAAGUUCGAUCAGGCGUUCCGAAUUGAGAUUUGAGGCUGAAUCGGUGGAUUAGAUGCUACACAUUUCCAGUCCGCACUUGUUCCUCCCACUUUUAUUGGUGGUGUAAGAGGAGGUGGUAAAGAUGUCUAGGCCGAUGUUGCUGGUAUUCUUGCUGCUCAUUCUUAUCAUUACUUCUCAGUUCGAGUGGAGGCAACAGCUUGUCGCUGAUGUCGAUUCCAACCACACUUUGUCUCAGAAACAUCACCGUAUUUCCAACAGAGAAGAAGCUGUCAAGGAGAAGAUCAUUUUAUCUCAAGAGAAGAGCAUUCAGAAACUCAAUGAGCUUGUACGAAGUCUGCGAGAACAGUUAUCAGAUUGCCGUAGUAUUAAUGGAAGUGCAAACAGCAGUUUAAGCAAUUUAACUGAAAGUAUUAUAGAGCUUGAACGGCAGCAAUUUUUGGAAGAUUAAGCAAGCUGUGCGUAUUGUUCCAUUUAAUCAUGUGAUAGGAGGGUUUUAUACGUGUUUUGUGCCCUUGAAUGUUGCCAUAUUUGUAUUCAAAAUUCAUUCAUACACACAAGUUGUACCUGCUGUAGGGAAGAGAGUAUUGUAUCUUAUAAAGGCAUGUCUAUAUUAUGUUUUAAAUAUGUGAUAUGACAUUCUCUUUAAGAUUAAGCUUGAUUGUGAAAAUGUGGCAAUGAAAUUGGUUUGGAUCCAGA